AUGCCUACUAUUUCCGUUGACAAAUUAGACUUGUUCGAGCUCUUGGGCAAGCAGUACGCGCCGCAGGAUUUUGAAGAUCUCUGCUUCGAGUUCGGGAUCGAGCUUGACGACGACACCACCGAAGAAGCCGCUGCCACCGGCGCCCGUGCGGAGCUCAAGAUUGAGAUCCCGGCCAACAGAUAUGAUAUGUUGUGUAUUGAGGGUAUUGCGCAGGCACUCAACGAAUUCUUGGGCAACAGCCCUAACCCAGACUUCAAGUUGGUGCCAGCUGAGGCCGAGUUCACCUUGACCGUGGACGAAUCCACCGCUGCUGUCAGACCCUACGCCGCCGGUGCGAUCUUGAGAAACAUCACCUUCACCCAGCGCAGUUACGAAUCCUUCAUCGCCUUGCAGGACAAAUUGCACGUGAACUUGUGCCGUAACCGAACGCUUGUUGCCAUGGGGACGCACGACUUGGACAAGCUUGUGGGGCCAAUAACGUACGAAGCGUUGGCGCCUACCGACUUCAAGUUCGUCCCGUUGAACCAGUCCAAGGAGAUGACCGGUGAGCAGCUCAUGGCGUUUUACGAAAAGGACAAGAACUUGGGCAAAUACUUGCACAUCAUCCGCGACGCGCCGGUCUACCCUGUCAUGCUCGACGCCAACAGACAGGUUGCCUCUAUGCCGCCAAUCAUCAACUCCGACUUGUCCAAGAUCACCUUAGACACUCGCAACGUUUUCAUCGACAUUACCGCGACCGACAAAACCAAGGCCGAGGUCGUUGUCAACACGCUUGUGGCCAUGUUUUCACGCUACUGCGACGAGCCCUUCACGGUGGAGCCAGUCAGAGUCAUCUCUGCGCACAACGGUGAAUCCCGUGUGACCCCUAACAUUGCGCCACGGACCAUGAGCGCCGAGGUUUCCUACAUCAACUCGUGUCUCGGGUUGGAGUUGUCUGCCGAGGAGAUCUGCCAGCUAUUGGUCAAGAUGGCCUUGAAAGCGGUUCCCUCCCCUACCGAUGCCAACUUGAUCAACGUCUCCAUUCCAUGCACUCGUCCGGACAUUUUGCACCAGUGUGACAUCAUGGAGGAUGCUGCUAUCGCCUACGGCUACGCCAACAUGACCGCCUCCAAGACCCCGUCUUCGUCCUUGGUCGCAGCCCCAUUGCCAAUCAACAAGGUCUCCGACAUCUUGCGUAUCGCAUCCGCCCAGUCGGGGUACGCCGAGGUCAUGCCGUUGACCUUGUGCUCCCACGACGAAAACUUUGCCCACUUGAGGCAGGUUGACGACAACACCAAGGCUGUGAAGUUGGCCAACCCGAAGUCGAUCGAAUACCAGGUUGUGCGCACCACCCUCUUGCCGGGCUUGCUCAAAACUGUUAAGGAAAACAGAAAGCACUCUUUGCCGAUCAAAGUCUUUGAGUCCGGUGACAUCGUGUUGAAGGACGAUUCUCUCGAAAGGGGCGCCUUCAACCAGCGCCAAUGGUGUGCCAUGUACGUCGGUAAGACCUCCGGGUUUGAGUACGUCCAGGGUUUGUUGGGUAAGGUUAUGCAGGCCAUCAAGGCGCCGUGGAUCGCACAGCCGGAGACCGGCGCGGUCAGAGGCUACUGGAUCGAGCAAGACGACAACAAGACCUUCUUCGAGGGCAGAGGCGCCAAGGUCAUGUUCAGGGCUAAGGAGGGUGCCAAGGCCGUCAAAAUCGGUGAGAUCGGUGUGUUGCAUCCAGAGGUGCUCCAAAACUUUGACAUUCCGUACGCCGCGUCGGUGGUCGAGAUCAACGCCAAGGUUUUCUUGUAA